CCCUCCUCUGGAGUCCAUUGAAGCUCACACCGACUGCUUCGAUGACCCCCAUCUGGCCACCUCCUUCUCUGAAUCUCUAGCCAGGAACAGAGUGGCCUUUGGUUGGAGUUUCCCCAGAGCUGGAGGGGAGAAAGGCUGAGGGCCACUCCAAAGGAGAACUUUGUUGCUGAGAGAGGAACUUGAGAAGAACAAGACGUAACUCUUUUCCUUGCUGGUGUCGGCCACUUUAAAUGGUGGUUCUGUUGGUGGUCAGACCUAAGAGGUUUGGCGUGGGUGGGUGAAAAACCAGGGCAUGAUUGUCCUCGUGUCCUCAGUGAAGGAAGCAUCUCAAACAGAUGUUGGAAAAUAACGCAACGCAGUCAAGAACCAUGUCGCAGGGAAAACAUUUAUCUUCCAUUCGCUUUAAAGUUUUCUUCUGCUUCCCCGUUUGAAACUCCUGACAAACGCAGGAAUUUACAAGGCUGAAGUUCACCAGGGCCAUCCUAGAGGAAUUGAAGGGGGGCGAAAGGCUUUGCGGGGGCCACAGAUACCCUGGGCCUGCGCGAUGUGUCUUAAAUCUUUAAUAUUCAAACCCUGUCAUGCCACCUCAAACCUGUCGGUCGGAAGUUUCUUCUGUUGAGAUAAAAAUCAACCCACCUGUUUUGACUUCCCCUUCAGACCUUUUUUUCUCUCUUUCGACUGGUUUCAGAGCAUCUUCAUUCAUGGCUGAAAAUUCCAGCAUGUUCUCCAAUAACAGUGGAGAGUACGUGGAUUACUACAAUGAGAGCUACUCUUUCGACUGUUGCUUUGCCCAGCCGUGCGAUUUUAACCCGUACCAGGAGUUUUCAGAGAGGUUUCUGCCUCCGUUCUACAUCAUCAUUUUCCUCCUGGGUCUCGGAGGCAACAUGAUGGUCAUCGCCGUCUUCCUCCUGGACCGAGUCUCCUUAUUCGGGAACGACAUCUUCGUCCUCAACUUGGCCAUCGCAGACAUUCUCCUGGUGGUCACCCUCCCCUUCUGGGCUGCCCAGGCCGUCUACGGUUGGAUCUUCAAAGGCUUCCUCUGCAAGGUGAUCGGCAGCAGCCUGAAGAUCAACUUCUACGCCAGCAUCCUCUUCCUCAUAUGCAUCAGUUUCGAGCGGUACCUCUCCAUCGUCUAUGUCAUACGGAUGUACAACAGGAACAAGCGCUUCCUCAUCAUCUACAUCGCCUUGCUGGUUUGGCUGGUCUGCUUCCUGCUGGCGGUGCCCGACUUCAUGUACCUGAGGUCCGAGUAUGACAGCCGCAGGAAAGUCACUUCCUGCGUUCUCUUGUUCCCGCCGCAGAGCACCAAGGAGUUGAGAAUCGCCCUGAUCAUCAUCAACCAAGUGGUAGCUUUCUUGCUCCCUCUGAUGGCCAUGAUCUACUGCUACUUCCACAUCAUCGUGACCCUCCAGCGCUCCAGGGGCUUUCAAAAGCACAAGGCCCUCAAGGUGAUCCUGGUCGUGGUGGCGGCCUUCUUCCUCUGCUGGUUGCCUUACCAUUUGGUGCAGUUCAUCACCACUUUGCUCCAGCUGGACAUCCUGGAGAAGAAUUGCCAGUGGGAGGACAACCUGGACAUCGCCGAUACCGUCACCACCAGUUUGGGCUUCUUUCACUGUUGCCUCAACCCGCUGCUCUAUGCCUUCGUCGGGGUCAAGUUCCGGAACAAGCUGUUGACCAUGCUGAGAAGAUUUGGAUGCAUCAAUCAGACAUUCUGGAACAGGCAUUUCAGGCCGUCCAGUCAAAUAAGAGAUUCAAAUUGGUCUGAAAGCACAGAUUGCUCCAACGCCGCCUUCUAGAAUGACCUGUGGCCCCUCAGGAUGCCAUUACUAUCCCAGGAUUCUCUCUUCUCUUGCUCCUCUGCCAGCAGGCGUCCCGUUGCUCUACACACUGGUUGCUCUACACACUAGUCCUUGACUUAACAACCAUUUCUUUGGGGAGGGGGUGUUCGAAACAGUGGUGGGACUACCAAUUCUGGGGCAUGGCUUGGUGAGCAUGGUGGGCGUAGUUUGAUGGGCAUGACAGGGGAAGGAUACUG